AUGUCUCAUAUCAGACCUCCAGGACUCGAGCGAAGUGCAUCGGCUCAUCCAUUUGAGAGCAAAUUAAGCCAGCAAUUGAACCCAGAAUCGUCCGCGCCGGACCCUGUGUCGCGGUCUCCCAAAUCACGCUCUUUGUCAGACGCAUCAAAACCUACUAUCAGCCCAAGCACACAACCAUCGACAGGGGACCUAAGUCGUCCACCGAGCAAGGAUGAUAGCGCGCUCCCUAGAUUACCGGCUACGCCCAAUCGCUCGAACAUUCACCAUCCCAAUUUAUCCUUGAAUCUCUCCUCAAAGGCUACCGCCUCCCCUUCACUCUCUCGUACCCCGCUUUCACCGAAACUCGACUCUUCUCAGAUCUAUGGUUCACCUGGAUCUGUUCUUCCCCGACGCUCUCGUGGCCUCGACUUCUCGCGAGCGUGCACCAACCUCCACCACUCUACCCUCGCUGAGUCCUCGCCCGACUCGUCGCCCACAAUCGGAGGUCGUGGUAUGAUCAUACCUCAACGGCGCGGAUCUCUCGGUUCUACUUCCGUUCCACUAUUCUCAACCUCUGGCCCCGCGGAUCGAACGGCUAUUUCGAGCUCUGUCUCGAGCGUCAACAUGCUGGAAUCUGAUACCAGUAGCAGUGAAGACGACGACGAUGCCAUCAUGGGUGACCGUGACGACGUGAUGCUCAACACACCCCAGGCCACACGAAUGGCCAGCGGACCGAGUCCCUUUACGACGGGCAACAUUCAGAGCCCUGGAAAUGAUUGGAUGGGCGGCUAUUCUCAGGCAACGGCUAGCCUCAUGAGUUUCCAACGAGCACGGUUCCGAAAAGGCAGGAGUCGACAUAGCUCCAGCAGCGCUAGUGGUAACAGCUCUAAACCCAGCCCUGGUCCCCAUUCGCCUCCAGUGAUGAAGAGUGUGGAGAAUCCGACUGGAGGUUAUUUCGCCCACCGGCAAUCUAUCUCCACACGACGAGAAAGCUUGAGUCUGGGCACAAGGGAUCUUCGUCUUUCUGAUCUGAGUGAUGAUGGUGAGAGUCUUGCAGUGCGAGCUGGAAGUCCUACAGGUGGAUCUCAUUCAGAUGGUGGACCUUGGGUAAUACGUCGUGCAGUUACCCGACGAGGAAGUCUACUGCCGAAAACUAAGACAUUUGCUCGGAUUCGUGCCGCUUUGAUGGAAGAGGGCAAGCCCGUCGACAGUGAUAUCAAGCGUGAAGCUGAGGUUAUUCGACAAGUCCGCGAUACCGAACCUGAGACAUCUCCAACACUUGGGACUUUCUCUUCUCUGCAGCCAGACCAGCCACCCGAUGCACUGCCCGAGGCUGAUUCUAUUCCUGAAGAGCCGCACUCAUCCAGUAGUUUCAGCAAACAAGCCAGUCGCAAUUCAGGAGGUGUUGAUUUUUGGAACUCAUUCGAUGGCCGCUAUCGUACCCCACCUCCAGUGCGUCAGGGCGCUUCAUCCGUACAUGAUGAUGAUAUUUUGAUGGACAUGACUCCAUCCACUACAAUCGGAUCAACUACUGCCGACUCCAAGCCACGCUCCCGCUCGUCAACUCCGCAUGCACCGGGAAUGUCCGCCAUGGGCGAACUUCGUCGGAAGCGACGCCGUGAGGAUGAUUUCGAUCCUAAUCUUUUCAAGCGCCGAGCUGUCUCACCUAGUGUGAGUGCUCAAAGCAGCCCGGUGCUAACCCAUACGUCCACUGUGGUUGACAUUGGCCCCAAUAUCUGGGGUCCACCAUCUAAACUUGGUGCUCCAUUCUCAGAGCGACCUAGCACGGAGAGUGGAAACCGUACCACGCCUCAGAAUCCACCUCAUACACCUCAUAGCGGCACCACGAAACGAGUGGGUCUACAGGGUAUGACUGAGGCCAGCGAUGGAUUCAUGAACAUGAGCAUUGAAUAG